GACCACCCUUGCUCAUGUUAGAUCUCUUAUACGUGAGCAUAACCUUGACUUUGCGGCUUUUUUAGAGCCUAUGACUCGUGACCCUUCUUUUGACAUAUACUCGCGGCGCCUCGACUUUCAUGCCGGGAUGGGAAACACCUCUAACAAGAUUUGGUUUUUCCACUCGCGUGACUUUACUUGUCAGAUCCUUCGAGAUACUGAUCAAGUCUUGCACGUGAAGCUCACCGCCGCCCAUCUUCCGGAGCCGAUCUUCCACACUUUGGUUUACGUCAGUU